UCCUAUCGAAACCAGGGCCUUUUGGGCUCCCCGCCGGGUGGCUUCUUGGUUCCUUUCAGGCAAGGGAUGGAGCACAUCAGAACCCCAAAGGUUGAAAAUGUCCGCUUGCUGGAUCGGGUUUCAUCAAAGAAGGCAUCAAUUGGUUCACUGUAUCUGACAGCAACACAUUUGAUUUUUGUGGAGCAUUUGUCUGACUCUCGGAAAGAAACAUGGAUACUUCACAGUCAGAUCUGUGCUGUGGAAAAGCAAGGAACUACAGCAACAGGCUGUCCCCUGCUUAUUCGCUGCAAGAACUUCCAGGUCAUCCAGUUUAUCAUUUCACAAGAAAGAGACUGCCAUGAUAUUUACAUUUCGUUAAUUCGUUUAUCACAUCCAGUAAAGUAUGAAGAAUUAUAUUGCUUCUCAUUUAACCCGAAACAAGAAGGAAAUGAAAGAGAACAAGGCUGGAAUCUCACUGACCUCAAGGCUGAAUACAACCGCAUGGGUGUUCCUAAUAACUUAUGGCAAGUUUCACAUGCAAAUAGAGACUAUGGGGUUUGUGACACAUACCCUGCAGAGUUGUAUGUACCAAAGUCAGUUUCUACACCACUUAUAGUGGGCAGUUCCAAAUUCAGGAGCAGAGGUCGCUUUCCUGUUCUCUGUUAUUUCCGCCAGGAUAACAACGCUGCUAUUUGUAGAAGCAGUCAACCUCUAUCAGGUUUCAGUGCUCGGUGCCUUGAAGAUGAGCAGAUGCUUCAGGCCAUCAGGAAGUCAAAUCCAGGAAGUGAUUUCUUAUAUGUUGUUGAUACUCGGCCAAAGUUAAAUGCAAUGGCAAACCGAGCAGCGGGAAAAGGAUACGAGAAUGAAGACAACUAUUCAAACAUUAAGUUCCAUUUUAUAGGGAUAGAAAACAUCCAUGUCAUGAGAAAUAGUCUGCAAAAACUACUGGAUGUCUGUGAGCUUCGAUCUCCUUCAAUGAGUGACUUUCUAUGGGGUUUGGAGAAUUCUGGCUGGUUGAAGCACAUUAAAGCCAUUAUGGAUGCUGGAAUAUUUAUUGCAAAAGCCGUUGCUGAGGAAGCAGCCAGUGUGUUGGUUCACUGCUCAGAUGGUUGGGACAGGACAGCACAGGUUUGCUCCAUAGCAGGCCUGCUACUUGACCCGUUUUAUAGAACUUUAAAGGGAUUUAUGGUUUUAAUUGAAAAAGAUUGGGUUUCCUUUGGACACAAGUUUAAUCACAGAUACUGUCACUUGGAUGGUGAUCCCAGGGAAGUUUCACCGGUUAUUGAUCAGUUUUUUGACUGUGUCUGGCAGCUGAUGGAGCAAUUUCCAUGUGCCUUUGAGUUCAAUGAAAGAUUUCUGGUGCACAUUCAUCAUCAUGUCUACUCUUGCCAAUUUGGCAACUUUAUUUGUAACAACAAUAAGGAGAGCAAAGAACUAAGAAUUCAAGAGAAAACUCAUUCACUAUGGCCUCAUCUAUGGAAAAAUGGUAUCGAUUAUAAGAAUCCCCUCUACAGACAAGACCAUAGUCAGACUCAGGGAGUUCUGAGACCGCACACAGCUCCAUCUAACUUCAGGUUUUGGAGAAGCAUGUACAACGGAUUUGAAAAAGGCAUGCAUCCUCGACAGUCUGUUACAGAAUUCUUGAUGGCUGUUAAGGAAGAAACUCAGCAGCUGGAAGAUGAACUUGAAAUACUGGAGGAGGUUACAAGCCCAGACCUCGCAGAUUCUUUGGCUGUGAUCUACUGUCGCCGCUGGCAUGUUGCUAAAUUCAAAUCGCAGUCAUCAAAGCACUACACUUUAAAGGUGGACGAGUAG